AUGGAGGAGUACAUGAAGGUGGCUCAGUGUUGGGUCGAUAUAUCGGAGGAUUCGAUACAGUCCAACAACCAAACUUCGUGCAGGAUGUGGGAUCGCAUUGAGGCCAGAUACAACUCGAUAAAACCGAGUUGGGAGUACAAGCAGACCAAGGAUCAGCUGCGCAAGUGUUGGGAUCGGCUCAAGGUCCACGUCAACAACUUCGCCUAUAUCUACACGAAGAACAUGGAUGGAAGGGGCAGCGGUGAGAGCAUGGAGGAUGUCAUCCAGAAGUCGAUGGCCGAGUACCAGUCGGAGUACGGGCAGUUUAAGUUCUACAAUGGUUGGCUGAUCUUAAAGGACAAGGCGAAGUUCAACGGAGGGAUACCGGUUGGAUCCUCAGCUGCGAAGCGGACGAAGAACACCGCCACUGGCGGUUACAUGAGCAGCUGCCCAUCUCAUGUGGAUCUGAACGUUGAGCCGAAAGGGAGUUUCAGCACGCCUACAUCUACUUUUAGACGUCUCAUUGGCACCAAGGCUGCCAAAGGCCAAAGGGAAGGCGAAGGAGGCUGCGUCUGGAUCGACUCUCCCGUAGGCUGCGCCUCUUCCGUCUACUCAGCUCGUGGCCUCAGCGAUCGAGGAGUUCGGUGGUUUUCGCGAGGUGUGUGA